AUGUCAUCCAUGGAGUCACUGAUUCUCCAGCUCCACGACAUCGGCGCCGUGAAAUUCGGCAACUUCAAGCUCAAAUCCGGAAUCUACUCUCCGGUUUACAUCGACCUCCGUCUCAUCGUCUCUUACCCUUCCCUCCUCACUCAGAUCUCCCAGACUCUCAUCUCUUCCCUUCCUCCUUCCGCAACCUUCGACGUCGUCUGCGGCGUCCCUUACACCGCUCUCCCCAUCGCCACCGUCGUCUCCGUCUCCAACAACAUCCCCAUGCUCAUGCGCCGUAAGGAGAUCAAAGACUACGGAACCUCCAAAGCCAUCGAAGGAGUCUUCGAGAAGGAUCAGACUUGCCUCAUCAUCGAAGAUCUCGUGACCAGUGGCGCCUCUGUUCUCGAGACCGCCGCGCCUCUUCGCUCCGUUGGUCUCAAGGUUAGCGACGCGGUGGUGCUGAUUGAUAGGCAGCAGGGAGGGAGGGAGAAUCUGGCGGAGAACGGGAUUAAGCUCCAUUCGAUGAUUAUGUUGACGGAUAUGGUUAGGGUUUUGAAGGAGAAGGGGAAAAUUGAGGAAGGUGUGGAAGAGAAUUUGCUAAAGUUUCUGGCGGAGAAUCGUAUGGUUAGUGUCCCGAGCGUGGAGAAACCGAAGCCGAGUCCUAAGGUUUUAGGGUUUAAGGAAAGGUCGGAGAUUUCUAGGAAUCCGAUGGGGAAGAAGCUGUUUGAGAUUAUGAUGAAGAAAGAAACUAAUCUCUGCUUAGCCGCUGAUGUUGGCACUGCUGCAGAAUUGCUUGACAUCGCCGAUAAGGUGGGACCAGAGAUUUGUGUCUUGAAGACUCAUGUUGAUAUUCUGCCUGAUUUCACCUCUGACUUUGGCUCUAAACUCCGAGCGAUAGCAGACAAGCACAACUUUCUCAUAUUUGAGGAUCGCAAGUUUGCAGACAUUGGUAACACUGUCACAAUGCAGUAUGAAGGUGGCGUCUUUAAGAUAUUAGAGUGGGCUGAUAUUAUAAACUGUCACAUAAUCUCCGGUCCAGGAAUCGUGGACGGCCUCAAGUUGAAGGGUUUGCCUCGUGGUAAGGGUCUGCUUUUGCUAGCUGAGAUGAGCUCUGCGGGCAACCUAGCUACAGGAGACUACACUGCAGCAGCCGUGAAAAUCGCAGAGGCUCAUUCGGAUUUCGUGAUGGGAUUCAUCUCGGUGAACCCGGCUUCUUGGAAAUGCGGAGACGUGUCUCCGUCUAUGAUUCACGCGACGCCUGGUGUUCAGAUGGUGAAAGGUGGUGAUGCACUUGGUCAACAGUACAACACUCCUCACUCUGUGAUUACUGAGAGAGGAAGUGAUAUUAUAAUCGUGGGAAGGGGGAUCAUCAAGGCGGAGAAACCAGCAGAGACGGCUCACGAGUAUCGGCUUCAAGGCUGGAAAGCUUACUUGGGGAAAUGCUCUCAGUAG